AUGGUGCACGUGCAAUUGCUGCGGCAGCUUCAGUGCGGUGACACGUCCACCUUCACGCAGCCCCCAGCUCCUCCUGGGGAGAUUAGGCGAUUGUUUGCUGCGCACUGGGGAAAAGGGCUCUGCAAGGUUGUGAAGAUCCCCAGCACCGAUGGACAGGAGGAGGAGAAAGAGUUUGAGGAUGAGUUACAAGAAGCAAGUUCUGCUUCUGCAGCAAGAGAAGAAGCAGCUGAGUACUCAGAUGACUUUGAAAGUGACGAAGAUGGCAUGUUAAACGGUGUUGGGGAAGAACUUAAUGGAAGUAAUUCAGGUGCUGAAAGCACUAAGAAAUCGGUUGCUGUUGAGAGUCCUCUCUCAGAUGAUGAUGAUGCUUCACAAAAAGCAGCAGAUUUGGAAAACGAAGCUGCUGAUGACUUGACUCUAUCCUUUCAUGAAAAGAAGCUUCAGCAGGUAAUGCUUUUAGAAAGUGGAAACAUACAGGAUGACAGAAAAGAUGAAGAAUGUUUGAAAAGUCAAAAUGAGGGUAAUGACAGAGAAAAUAACGAAGAGCGUUCAGCUGCUGAAGAAGAUAAUAGUGAAAGUGACCGCUGUAGUGACUUGCCUAUUUGUGAACUGCAGAAAAAAAGAAAUAAAGAGGAAAGCACACCUAUACCAAGGCCACGGGUGCACAAAGCAAGAAAUGCUUCAGUAUCAGGUGAAAAGAAAGCAUUUGAAUUGUUUGUUAAGCAUUUGUUAAUUGUUUGUUAA